AUGGCACCCGAGACUCUAAUAUCUGACAAUGGGCCACAGUAUGCCAGUGCAUUAUUUGUGAAGUUUGCUGCUGAGUAUGGCUUUCGUCAUGAAACCAGUAGUCCGCACUUCCCACAAGCCAAUGGAGAAGCAGAGCGCGCGGUUCAAACGGUUAAACGCGUAUUGAGGAACGCGAAGGAUCCUUAUCGGGCUCUUCUAGCAUACCGUGCAACACCCCUGAAAAAUGGGUUCAGUCCAGCAGAACUGUUAAUGGGUCGAAAACUGCGAAUGACUCUACCUGAAAACCCAAGUAACCUUAUCCCUCAAUGGCCAGAUUUAGACAAAGUUCGCGAAAGGGAAACAAAGGAUCGGUUAGCUCAGAAAGAAAACCAUGAUCUCACGCGUCGGGCAAGAUCUUUUCCCAAGCUUGAGCCAGGAGAAACGGUGUGGGUUAAAGGUCCAGGUGGUGGCUUCAGUGCUUCCGUGUCUUCAGCUGUCAACGACAGAUCGUACCUGUUGAAAACUCCGUCAGGACAG